AUGGGCAGGACGGAAGUGACGAAAGCAAACAAAAAGAGUGACGGCACACCAAGGCGGCGACGGCCGCACGCCUUGGCGUCGUCGCAGCAGGAUACGCGGAGAGGGCCGACGAACACAACGGCGGCAGAGGCGCCUAAGCCGGACGAAGCUGCUGCGAUCGCGACACCGCCACGUGACGCGGCCGUCAAACUGCCGGAGGACGACCAGGCAGCGGCAGAAGAAACCGUGACGCUCUCCUCCGCCUCUACGCCCCUCUCCCACAACUUGAGCGGGCCAUCCCCGCCCUCCUCGUUUGCCCCGGACUAUGGCACGGUGCCCACUGCCGCUCCAGAGGCGGAAACCCGGGCAGCGGGGCCUGUGACCGCACAGACCGAAGAGUCAAACGUGAGGAAUGCUGCGCCCGACGCCCUGGACGACAAGCUGCGGAGCGAGCAAGUGUUGUACUACCUUGAGGCGGCCCGCUCGCUGCGGCAGGUUACCAGCGGCGUGGAGGCCCAGGAACGCUUCGUGAGGAAGGAGCUCCAACGGCAGAGUGUUCUGCAUGAUACCAAGAAAGCAGAGCUCGCUGAGAGGCAGAAGGUGCUUGAGCGCCUUCAGGAAUCCACGUUGCGCCUCACACGGCAACUGCGGGGACUUGACAGCGAGGGUGACCACAUAAGAGACCGGCUCACGCAGCUCCAGGCAGCCAUUGAGAAGGCUGGGAGUAGAAGAGCCCCCCGCCACGUGCAGCGGGAGGUGAACCCUGUAGUGCGCCGCAACUCUACUCCGCCGCAACUGCGGGUGAGGGGAGGCAGUGGUGGCGGGGCGGCCAUCGCCCCCGUGCGGAAGUCCGUCUUCUCCGCCAGGGACGCCCUGACGGCGGAACUCGAGGCCUACCGCGUAAAACUUCGAGCGGCUGAGACGCAGCAUGAGGAGCUGCUAAAGGAAAUUCAGCUUGCCGUCGCGAAGCGGAAAGGGCGCGCCGCCGCCUACAGCAGCUCCGGCGCCUCCUGGAACUUUUCUGGGUAUCCGGGGACGGGAAGCAGGGAGAGUUCCUUCUUCACCGACAGCAUGGAGGAGUUCAGCGCCAUUCAGCAGCUGGAACAGUUGAUUGAGGACAGUCUUGUGCGCGGCCUAUGA